AUGGCGGACCCAAAGUCUCAGACUGAUGUUCCAGAUUCCAUUUUGUACAAUGAAAUUGCUAUCAGAAACAAUUUCCAAGUUCUGGAGUACUCAAGGACGUGCCAUGCAGCUCUCGCUGGAAUUGCUGCUGGGAUUCUUGGACUAACUGGCCUGUGGGGUUUUGGAUUUUACAUUUUCAUGGUUCUUCUCCAGGUAAAUCAAUAUUCAAAAAUUGUUUAACUUUUAGGCCGGAAUCUGGGAAUUGAAGUCCAACUUUGCAUGGAAUAAGUACUUCUUUAGUCGGUCUCUCAUAAUAAAUCAUUCUUUUGUAGGCGGUCUCUUCACUUAUGUACUUCUUUGGGUAUUUAUCUACGGAAUUGUUCAUGUUUAUUGA